AUGGCAGUUCCAACUGGCACCUAUACCAUCCAGGACGUAAACGGCAACUUUGCUACUUCGCCUCUCAUACUUGGACAACCUAUCCAAUUCAAUCCCCCAACCGGCGCCCAGAAUCAAAAUUGGCUCGUUGCGACUAUAAAUGGGGUCUCCACGAUAAGAAGCGCCGCCCUUCCAGACUUUGCCUGGGUUGAGGAGCCGUCUCUGGCCGGCGCGACUGUCAGCGUGAAUCAAGGAGCCGCUGUGGAUGGUAACCAAGGCGCCAUUCGGACGGUCAAUGAUCCGCAAGCCAACAAUGUAUUGGCAGUGCCACUAUUUAUUACUAUUCAUACUAAUUUCCGAACUUUCAGAGGGCUGUUCUCGUCAAACCUGGUGCUGCAGCUCAAUUCACUUUCACCCAAGUUGUCUGAAUUAAAUAAAAUCAAAUUACUCGAGCAACACUCGAAAUCUGGGUUGGAAAAGACGCCGUCCUUGCACGGCGUCAGAACGGUGGCAACAACCGAAAGCGAGCACGUGAUACAUUUCCUCCUUCCAUUCUCGCUCCUCUAUCACCAACGUGCAGGCCAUCUUGACGCCGUCGUUCCACGCGAUCCCCUUAUUCUUAUACCUUCACGACAACCUUUACGACAACUUCACGACUUCCCACCUCUCGUUACCCACCCAAAACGUUCAUUCAUGGCAACUCGUCACGAUAUCAAUGGUCCUUGUUCUUGCGGCAAAUGUGGAGGCCAGUUGCAAGUCAAGGUUACCAAGGGUGGUAACUUCCCUGGGCACUAUUAUAUUCACUGUAUUCCAUGCGCCUACCACUUUAUCUUUCCCAAAGCCGAUGUCCCUCAAUCGGUCUUUGUUUCCCCGCCUCAUUUCGCCCAGGCACCUCAGGCCUCCGAAUGUCCCCUUGAUCCAAUCCUUCGCGCAGUCUCACUUGAUCAAGCAAGUCAGGGCGCUCAAACUCCUGCUAUCCCCUCCUCUUCGGCCCCGGCCCUUUUUGAUGUUGAGGAGAAGCGGCAGUAUGAAGCUGCUAUCGCGGCGUCGCUACAGCACGCGGCCACCGAUCUUUACCCUUUGACUAUCGAUGAGGAUCAACAGCAGUAUGCUGUAGCCAUUGCCAUGUCCCUCGGCUUGUGCGACCCACCUUUGUAUCAAGCGUCUACUUCUACACAACCUCCCCCGCUCCCCGGUUCUAUUUUCACUGCGGGUGCGGGUCCCUCACGAGCUAUUCCUCCUAUGAAAUUGCAUCCGCCAACCACCGUCCCCUACUGUCUACCCAACAUCAAGCGGCACAUGAACGAGGACUGA